CGUUAAACGCAAAAUUUUUAUAACGAAUUUAAUUCCCGUAGUUCUAUUGUUUUAUUAUAUAUUGAUGAUCUUAUGAAAACAUAAAUUGUGCGUCUGCUUAUGUUUACAAUUUAAACUUAGUACAGUUUAGAUAUAGGUAUUAAUUGUCGCUUCACUGGUUAAUCAUAGAAUUUAAAGAAAUUUCCUAAUGUCAAGAUCCUAAAAGUUUGAUUUUAUUUAUUUUAUAAUUAUAUAUUUAGUUCUUUAUUAGCUAAAAAUAUAGAAAGUACUUACUGGUGAUAUAUCCGAGAAAAUAGUAGAAGCUAUAUUAAGAAUAUGAAUAUCAAUGAUAAUAUCAACUUCGCUUUUGGGUUACUAGACGCAGUCAACUCAUGGUUAGAUGACAGACUAUUCUCUGUUGAAAGAAUGGAAGAUAUUGAUUGUAGUGAAAUUGAAACUUUUAUCUCAGAACAAUUACAUGUGAAAAUUGGCCAAUUAUCAAAACAUGGACAUCGGUUAUGUUUUUUCAUAUUUUAUGUAAAUUCUAAGUUAAACCAUUGUGCUUGGAUUAAAAAUGAUGUGUUAUUACAGGAAUGCCUUUCUCGUUACAUUCACGGCAGAUCUAUUUCUACUGAAAUAUUUUUAAAAAUAUCAAAGUGCUUAAAUUUAUUACCAUUUUAUCUUCUAGAAAUUAUAAUGAAUACUCCAUAUGUUUUUUGUCGUGAUUUAGUUGAUAUAGCUAUAAAUGAGUUAAAAAAUGUAGAGCCUGUAACUCAUUUGAUUUCAUCUGAAGAACUAAUUAUUGCAUUAAUAAAAAAUGUCAAACGUAUGCCCAUCCAGAGUGAUUUAUUUGUACCAUUUACUGAUCAUAUUAAUAAACUUUUAUUGGUUUACAACAAAGAAACAUUACCUAAAAAUAUUUCAAAAUUAGAUCCUGAAGUAAACAAAAAAGAAAUAAUGAGAUAUACAGGACAUCGUGUAAAGAGCAUUUUUAACAUUUUAGUUAAUGUUAUUAAGUACAUGAACACUCAAGAUAAUUAUACACAAUAUCCCUUACAUAAAUUAAAACCUCUUCGAGACAAAUGUAUAAAUAAAAGUACAACUAAUGAAAUGUUUCAAAAGUUUCUUGAUAUAAUUAUUCACAAAUGCAUGGAUUUGUGUGAUUUUAGCAUAAGCACAUGGCUUAGUUGGUAUGAAAUUGAAGUUAUUGAAGAAGACACUAAUUUACAAGCAAUUAUUGGUGAAUUGUGUUUUGAUUUAUGUGAAUGUAUUAAUCAAGGAUUGGUAGAUCAUAAAGAACUAUUAAAUUUUGGCCCUGUUCUCCAUAACAUCGCUGUAGAAAAAAUUAAUUAUGAUGAUGUUGAUAGUAAUGACAUAGAUGGAAUUAUUGAACGAGUAAAAACUACUAAAAAGCAUAUAAAUGGUUGGUUAAGAAAGUUGAUAGAAAAUAAAAAUGUGUUUACUCAUAAAGAAGCAAUAGAAACAUUGUAUGAUAGUAUAGACCGUAUUGAUUAUUCAUGUUUUAAGCGUGUCAUUAAUCAAACUAUGACUUACUCUAAGUGUGGAGGAACUGUUUCUGAAACAAUUGCUAACGUCAUUUUCAAAGGUAUAGGACAUUUAGAUAAUGAAGACAAGAUGAAUAUUUUAAAUCAUUAUCUUUCAAAUUACUCAUCUAAUGAGUUUUUUAUAUCUAGUGAUUUUAAUGAAUUACUACAAUUUGUAUUGCAAAAUGAAAAAAAUAAAAAAGCCGAUCAAAGUGAUUUGUUAACUAAAACAAUAUGGCUAGUUUUACAACAACCAAAAAAAAUGUUACAUAUAUUUUUAUCUCAAUACAUAAAAACUUCUGAUGAUCUACCAAUAAAGUCAUUACAUGAAUCUAAAACAAUAUUGCAUGGCGUUUUUAUUAAUAUUCAUAAAUUUUUGGAUGUGUCAUAUAUUUAUCAAGAAUAUCAGGAGUGGUUAAGUGUAGAAAACCAAUUAAAUGAUUCUGAAAAAGCACUGCUUUAUCAAUGGAUGAUUGAUGUUGUCAAAUCUCAGAAGCUUAUAAAACCACAUAAUUUUCUAGUUGAAAUUUUACUCCCAUUAUUAGAACCAUCACAUAAAUAUGAACAUGUGGUUAUACUAAUUAAUUUAACUAAGUUUCUUAUUGGAGAAUGUAAUGUUUUAACUCAACCUGAUCUUGAAAUAUUAGAUACAUUAAUAUUUCAGUUAGCAAAAAUAUUAGAUGAUGCACGAUGGAAUGUAGAAACGUUUUCACCAUGUCGAGUAAAUUUAUGUGAAAAAAUUAUUGCUACAUUACAACCACUCCUUCAUCAUGCAUCAUACUUAGUUAAACCAAUUGAUUUGGAUUCUUUAAGAGUAAAAUUGGCACCUUUUCAUUUGAUAACUCGAGCUCAUUUUCUACGUUUAUGGACUUCUGAUUAUAUUACAAUUGAUGGAAUGGAUGAGCAAUUUAUUAUGACUAUUCAAUCACAAAGUCACAUAUCAUUUAGUAAUUUAAAUGCAAUAUCCUCCCAAAAAAUUAAGGAAGAAUUUAUUUUUAGUAUUGCAACGUAUUUACCUAGAUGUACAUUACAUGAAAUGAAAAGUUUUGUUGCUAACUAUCUAAGUUCAGCUAAACUAGAAAACAUACUAGAAGCAACCAUAUUUCUUUUGAGUUGUAUUGUUAGCGCUUUUAUGAGAAUUAUUGUCUAUUUAAAGACGGCUAUUCAAAAUGAACCUUACAAUAAUGAAUGUUCGUGGGAUUAUUUAGAAAAUGCAGUUAUAAAUUUUUUAGAAGUUUUAAAUACCUCAAGAAUGUCUUGUGUAUAUGAACAAAAUUCCAAUCCUACAUUAAUUUAUCAUGUAGUAACUAAAUUAAUAAUGAUCACUAAACAAUUUGAAAAUCAACGCCAAUUACCCUUGUUGGUUGUCAUUCGUCGUCUUAUCGAUCAAUCUCUUAGACGUUUAGAUAUUGAAUUAAUCUCUAAACUUUUGGCUCAGAUUGCUACAAUGAAAUCAAGUAAUUCCAAAGUAACACUUGGCGAUACAGUUCAAGAACUAUUAGAGCAACUAACCUUAAGAACUCCCAACCAAUCAUCUCAAAUUGAAAAUUAGUACAAUAUCAAAAUAAAAAUUUAGAUGAAAUAUUUCAAUAUUAUUAAGUGUUAUUUAUUGUUACUAUUUUUUUUGUAUUAAAAAUAUUGUUUUGCAAUUUA